UAGGAAAGAUGUAAAGAGAAGCCGGAAGCACCUGCAAGGUGAUGGGAGUGGGAGUGGGAAUGAUGAUGAUUUCUUUAAUAAUGGCGCAGGCUCAUUGCGGAGGAUAGGCGUGUAGAGCCAAAGAAGCUUCGCCUUAAGAAUUGGGCAGAUGCCUCAAUUAUGAUGAUAACGAUGAUGAUGUGCUUCGGAACAUCGCUCUUACCCACUAUGGGGGAUGGGCCAAUAAUCGGGUGAUUUACGUACAGUUAAUGAAUUCAGUAAAUGAGAUUGAAAAUGUAAAACUGUGAAUAAAGCAUUCGUUUUUAAACAUGACUACAUGUGUAAUUAUGUGUGUUCAUGCAUUUAUAUUUUCAUGCUUUUUGUACAUGCAUGCAUAUGUAAGCCCUACCCCUCAUGUAGUACCCCAGCAGUCAGGGGUCUUGAAGGAAAACAAAGAAGAAGAAGAAGGAGUGCAUAAUUGAGAAGCGACACCAGAUAAAUGAAUUAUAUUUUGAAAGAAAUAAAAAAAUGAAGUUUCAUCGAGCAAUUUUGAAUGGAAGGGAUUUAGACAACUUGCCAUAGGAACGGUAAGGAAAGUAACAAUUGGAAUUUCGCACUGGCCUUCGUCGUCUUCGUUCGGCCGCACGUUGUUGUGCAUGGCCUCGGCGCGCGCAGUGACAGUGGCGCAAGUGAGGGGGCGGCCGCCGGCAUCGCGAGCGCCACUUCGGAACCCCUGCGAGCCUCGCUGAGCCCGCCGCGCAUGUAGCCCACGGGGGAACCCCCAGUCACCAAGGCGCUUCCCGCGCGGAGCCACUCGGACCUGCAGCGAAAACACGAGACCCCGCCGCCGCCAUGUCCACGCUGACCACGGAGCGGCGCACCACAACCACCAGCACCGUCGCGACGACGUCGACCAGGCCGCGCCCUCGGACAUGGCUCGACAUGAUCGAGGAAAGCCCGAACCGGCGCAAGAUCGAGGUCGGACUGAUCAGCAGCAUCUGCCUGGUUCUCCUCAUCGUCUUGUCCCUCACGCUCUUCGUGGUGCUCACGCUGCAGACAAACCCCGUGAACAAAGCACCGGUGAACCUGCAGAACGCAGUGUUCUGCGAGAACGCUACGUGCUUCGAGCAAGCCCGUCGCGUCAUGGGCUACGUAGAGUGGAGCCGCGAGCCGUGUGACGACUUCUACACGUACGCCUGCAAGGGCUACCACGUGAGCGUGGCCAACUCGGCCUCCAAGUACCCCAUCACGCAGGGCGCGCAGGAGCAGCUCAGGGCCGCUGUCGAGGAGGUGCUCGCCAACUGGCACGCCAACAUGAAGCCCACGGACAACUUCUACCUGCGUUACGGAGUGAACCUGUUCCAGGAGUGCAUGCAGGGAGUGACGGACGCCAAGGAACAGUUGCAGAGCGUGUUCGCCGACAUGACGUACAACCACAAACCGUUCUUUCUGCCCAAGAGCUUCGACCUGGAGCCGCACACGCUGGCCUCGCGCGUGGGCCGCAACUUCUGGUUCUUCCCGCUCAUCACGGUGCGCAAGGACGUCGACCUCGAGAACCGCCAACGCAUGAUCGUCCACCUGGACGAGCCCGAACUGACGGCACCGCGCGCCCUCUUCGACGACGCCGAGUUCCAGCGAGAGUACCUGCAGGCGAUCCGUGACUUGGCCAUCACUCUGGGCUUCGACAAUGUGAACGAGACGGGGCGCAUCUUCAAGCUGGAGCAGAUGCUAUCCAAAGGCACCACCAGCUCUCGGGCACGGGCACCCUACUACAAGAAGGUCAAGCUCGGCUCGUUGUUCCUUGACAAGUGGAACAUCUACAUGUACCUGAGCAAUGUGCUUGGCGAGAACAUGUCUCCCGAGGACGAAGUGGCGCUGCGCUCCGAGAAGUACUUCUCGCGGUUCCUCAAGUCUCUCAAGACGACCGAAUGGGGCACGGUGAACAACUUCAUCGUGUUCCGGCUGGUGCAGUUCCUGAGCCCGCUGCUGAUGCCCAAGGAGUCCAAGAUACUGCAGUUCAUGUACAAAUACGGCCACGCCCUGCGGCCGCCUCCCUCCAAGCGAACCCGCUGCCUGGACAUCAUGGAACCUUACUUCAAGCCGCUCCUGCUCACCGCCGCCAAGGUCACCUUCAAGGACACCGAGACCAAACGGGCCGAGGCGAGCCGCGCCAUCGCCAACCUGAAGGAGUCGUUUAAGCGCAUGUCCAUCAAGUCCUUCUACCCUCACACGGAGCAGAGCACGCUCAACAACAAGCUCCGGCGCAUGCGCAUCUACUACUUCUACCCGUACGAGACCAAAGAGUACCAGUACAUGAAACAGUGGUACCGCUCCUGGAAAAAGCUGCAGUACAAGUACGGCCAGAUCGUCAAGAGUUUCCGGAAUGCGGGCUUCGAGUUCGCCAAGUCCCAAGCUCACAAGACUAUCCAGGACUUCGAGUGGAAGGGCUCCGUGUUCCAGCAGGACCCGUUCUACGACGCUGACAACAACGCCCUUUACAUUCCUGCAAGCUUGUUCGAACCACCGCUGUAUUACGGAGACUCAUUCUUGCCUUUCUCAAUCCCCAUGUACGGCUGGCGAAUCGGCGUGAAGAUGUUCCAGGCCAUCGACUACCGAGGUCGCACCAUCACGGACAGCGCGCAGUAUCGCAACUGGUGGGGCGAGACGCUGAUGGCACGCUACAACGAGGUGGAGAAGUGCUUCCGCAACGCGCACGGCUCGCUCAAGCUGGCCGACGAGUCCGAGCUGUACGACCACAUCGCCGACAGCGCGGUGGUCAUCGUGCUCUUCCGAGAGUACAAGCGCGUGGUCCAGUCGCGCGUCGGGCCCGACAAGGACAUACGGCUGCGGGACAUCAAGCAGUUCUCCGGCGACAACCUCUUCUUCCUCUCGCUGGCGCACGGCGUAUGCACGCGGAUUUUCAACGACGCGGCGCAGGUGCAGAAGAAAGGCGGGAAGCGCAUUGCACAGGAGAGGCUAAACAUGGCCCUGACGCACUGGCCCAUGUUCAAGAGUCUCUACGAAUGUCCUUCCAGCGCCCACAUGGUCCCCCAGCGAAGAUGCAUGUUCUGGUAGACGGCUGGCCAUGAGAGCCCCGCGGGUGUGCCACCUGCUACAAAUACAACCUGUUUCUUUUAUCCCACGGAGCACAGCAUUUCAUCGCUUGGGCG